AGACAACAACAAGUGUGAGAGCCGAUCCACGAGUGGGAGCGAUGUCUGCUGAGCGUUAACCGAUCCCCGGGCGUGGCGCGUGCGUAAUUAGCUGAUUUGGAGCACCUUGUCGAACCUGUAGAGGAAGCUGGACUCGAGGUGGACCAGGUCGACUCACGGCGACAGAAAGGAGCUUCACGUGUCCUCGACCAGGGCGGGAAUAUAUCGACUAUAAUAGACUAAUCGAUAUAUUUACGAAGGACACGACUUGUCCCGAACCUUCACCUGACACCAUGUAUAGCAUGAUGGAGCAUGAGCUGAAGCCCACGGGCCAGCCCCCAACCCACCAGACCACCCAGGGCCUGUCUCCGGUCACUGGCAGCAUCACUGGCAGCAUGGGCGGCAACGGCAACUCUCACCCAGGCUCCAAGAGCGCGUGCCCUCCAGGGGCAGAUCCCAUGGACAAAGUGAAGCGGCCCAUGAACGCCUUCAUGGUGUGGUCCCGGGGCCAGAGGCGUAAGAUGGCACAGGAGAACCCCAAAAUGCACAACAGCGAGAUCAGUAAGCGGCUCGGUGCUGAGUGGAAACUGCUCACAGAUGCAGAGAAGAGGCCGUUCAUUGACGAGGCCAAGCGGCUGCGCGCUGUGCACAUGAAGGAGUACCCCGACUACAAGUACAAGCCACGUCGGAAGACCAAGCCGCUGCUCAAGAAGGACGCUCAGGUACCUGGGAAGUACCCGCUGUCUGCCGGGAACCUGCUGGCGGCCGCGGCGCAGGGUCAGGGAGGGAGUCCGAGGAUGGAGAGCUACGGCUGGGGUCACACCGGGGGGUACGCCGGCAUGCAGGGGGAGCUGGGAUACACACAGCAGCUGCACCGGUACGACCUGUCCGCCCUGCAGUACCCUCCCACCAUGACGGCAGCGCAGACCUACAUGAACGGAGCCAACUCAUACAGCCCGAUGUCGUACAGCAGCAGCCCCCAGCAGCCCAGCCCCGUCACCAUGUCCAUGGUUAAAGCAGAACCGGUUUCUCACUCGCCUCCCACUCCCACCCCAAACCACCACCGGGGCCCUCUGCAGGGGGACCUGAGGGACAUGAUCAGCAUGUACAUCCCUGGACCUGGCGGGGACGCCGGGGAUCCCUCUGCUGCACAGAGGGGGUACACCAGCGUGCAGCAGCACUACCUCACUGGGACCGUCCCCCUUACUCAUAUCUAAGACUCUAACAGGAAGAGGCGGGGCUAGAGGAGCUCAUAACGCACAGCUGGAUUGACGGAAGGUGGGCUCAGAUGUUAGGGGGCACAAAGGAGACUUUGGGGAGUCUAACAGCUCCAGGUGUUCCUGUAACGUCAUGAAUUAAUGUUUGACAUCUUUAAAAACCGCCACGUUUACAGAGCUGAGGCGCCGCCCCCUUCGCCAUCCUGCAGACUUCUCUACAUGAAGGACGGCGCUGAAAACUCGUCUUUCUGUAUAUAGUAGUACUUUUUGUUUUCAUAUUUUAGAGAUUAUCCAUAUUAAGUCAAAGACUCAUUAAGUCCACCUCAGAUACUCGACACACCGCUCUGAGGAGCCAGUCUGAGCCUGGUGGAACCAGACGGAGACGGUCUGCAGUCUGACGUUUCGGUCUCUGAGGAAAAGCACAAGUAAAAUUGAACAUUUGGUGCCUUGGCUUUGGCUCAGUCGUCUGUAUUUUUCCAUUUUUCCUGCUGGACAAGAUGCCAGUCGGACAAUCAGCUGCAUCCAUCAGGCGCUGACAGAACUCACGGCCUCUUUUAUUCACUAUUAGUAGUUUUAGAUUCGACCUUUGUUGUACAUGUUUUGCUUUUUGGAUUUUAAUAUCAUUUCAGACGAGAUCCAGGAAGUCUUCCACACGGUAACCACUUCUGUUUUAACGUCUGUUUGUUUGUCGCCAGUAAACAGGAAGUUAACACAUCAAAUCUCCAUCCUUUUUAACCUUUUAAAACUAACUUUACAUGCUGGAAAUCACAAAAUUGACCCUUAAGCCGUAUCUUAGGUUUCUGUCGGUGUUAGACAAAUUUUCCUCAAACUCACAUUUUAACCAUAACGAAGAAAACAAAAUUCAGGUCAAUAUUUCACCCAAGAAUGGCUGAGGAGAGUUUGUCUAACAGGAAGUAGCCUAGCAAUGGUUACCAAGAGAAGGGGCUCUCUGACUGGUGGGUUAGUGGUCCAAUCAGAGGGCUAACAAAAAGGGUCAGUUCUGUAGUUCUUUACGGAUCUGUUGUUGAUCUGGUUUUAGUGCUGCUAUGGACCUACAAACACUGAAUAAUGAACCUCUACAGACUUACUCUAAAUGGAGGAUUCUAGUAUUUCAAACCUGGGCCCUUCUUUUAACAUCUGAUGCUGCUGAAGUUUUGAUAACUUUUGGAUUCACUCAAGUUGAUCACUUCAUUUUGCACAGGUGGUAAUGGCUGCAAUUUUAUUUAAACCCAUCCACGGCAAUUCUUGUUUCUAUAAACCUGACAUGUCAACAUUUUGGGGGGAGGGGGGUCUAAAUGAUGAAAGGAGACCAAAAGUUCCUGUAUUUCUCCUACAGAUUAAUAAAGUUGCAGCCAUUUCUGCCCAUUUCACUGCUGCAGGAUGAACUGAAGUCAACCAGUCUGAGUUCUUGUUUCCAUAAAUCUAUGAUUCUUCUGGUCAAAUUCACAAGUAAUGGUGACCAAAGGUUUUGCAAUGUCCUUUGAUACUUUCCUGAUCCUACAGCAGUGACACAGGCCGUAAUGGCUGCAAUGCAAACAGUAGUGUAUUCACAGAAGUGUCUUUUUCCAUCCAUCUAACAUAUUGUCAUACUUUGGGGUCAUAAUGACAGAUAAGUAUUGAAACAUUUUAGUUUGUUAGAUUUCAUCAGCAGCAGCCCUGCAGUAGCUGCAAAGCUAAUCGAGUCUUCCCACUUAAGCUCUUGUUUCCACAAACCUGACAGAUUUUGUGGUAUGAAAACAGAUGGAUAUCAAAAAUUUUGCAACAUUUCCGUUAGAUGUCUUCAUCUUGUGGCAGUAAAACAGGCUUCAUUGGCUGCAACAUCAUUAGAAUCCGACCAAUAAAGUUCUUAUUUUUGUAAACCCCACAUGUCGUCAUAUUUUCAGGUCUAAAUGACUGAAUUUUUUUUGGAUAUCUCUGGUAAAUUUCUUCAGCCUGCAGCCCUGAAAUUGGUUGUAAUGGCUCUAGUAAGAUCAGAGUCCAUCUGGUCAAGUUGUUUCAAAACCCUGAUCUAUCAACUUUUAUGGGUCUAAAGGACAUAGAAUAGAGAACCAAAUGUUUCUGAAUGACUAGGUUACCUCAUUUUAUAAACAGGCGAUAAUUGGUACAGUGCCUACUAAGUCUUCUCAUUCAAGAUUUUGUACUCAUAGUCCCUGUAUUUUUAUUUAUUUUGGGAUCCAAAUAAGAAAAGGGUACUAAAUAUUUAAGAUUGGACCUAGGCGAUAUUUUCAGUCGGCAGCAGUAUAACAGGCUGAAACAGCAGUGAAGCGAAUCCACAGAAGUUAUUGUUUUACAGGCUUGCAUAUGAACUUAAAAACAUUUUUCAGUGCUCAGACGUUGGAAUUCCCUAACAGCCAUUAUAGCCUUUCCACUGCUGCAGGAUCAGCUGAUCUGCUGGUGUAAUCCAGAAGCAUCUCUUCAUCAUUUAGACCCCAAACUAUCUGAUAGGCCCCAGGUUUGAAAACCCAGAGUUCUCUUUUAACCUCCUUUUUGAAGCAUUUGUACUAACCAAACAUGCACUGCACAGUCUUAUUUUGAAAAAGGGAGUAUUUUUUUAUUUUAAAGUAACGUGUGAAUGUUUACAUGAACUAAACUUUUCUACUGACUUUUGUAUCUCUAUUUUUAGAUGAAUUGUUGGAUGUAAAUGCUGCCGUGUACUAGAGUUACUGUAUGUAGCCUCCAUGUAAAUAAUGUACACAGUUUCAGGCUCUUAUACUAAGAGUCUCUUUUUUUGAUUAAAAAAAUCUUUGUUAUGGUAUCAUGACAAUAUUAAUAAAAAGUACAAAUCCUUUUUCAUUA